CUUAAGCGAGUUAACAAUUAACAUAGGUAUUAUCGAAGCUCCUCUUUUUGGGAGUUGUUCUAUAUUCAUCUACUCAUCUCCUUCGAUAUCAUCGAAUGCAGAAUAACAAACCACAACUAAAAAAUUAAACAACCCACAACCUUCUUCAUCUUCUUUCCCCCAAUUCUCUCUUGUUUUGAUUUGAUUUGAUUGAAUUAAUUUGCAGGAAUUCAAGUUUCCAUCAAUGGCGAUCUCAUUGCCAUCUUCUUCAAAUUCAGCUGUUUUUUCUGAAACACCCACCUGCAAUUUUCUUCCUUUUCAACAGAAUCAUCACCAUUCAGUUUCUAAGGUUGCCUUUUCUUCCACUGCCAAGCCCAAUAUUGGCCUCUUCUCGAAGACUCUUUCGAGCCGCAUUGUCGCUGUGAAGGCCCAACUAAACGAGGUUGCCUUGGGUGGUUCUAAUAAUGUUCCGCCUACUCCACAAGCAAAAUCUGGAUCACCAGCACAAGAAACAAAGAAUGAUGAGCUUCCAAGAGGCUCUUCCCCUACUGUGUCGGCUUCAGAAGAAUCAAUCUCUGAAUUUAUGAGCCAAGUUUCUGGUCUUAUCAAGCUUGUGGAUUCUAGAGACAUUGUAGAGUUGCAGUUAAAGCAAUUUGACUGUGAGAUAUUGAUCCGCAAAAGGGAGGCUAUUCCACAGACACAAAGUCCUAAUCCUACACAUGUAAUGACAAUGCAAUCACCUCCUCAAGUAGCACCUUCCCCAGCUCCUCUCUCCGCACCACCUACUCCUCUGGCGUUACCGGCCCCGGUGCCAGCUGUCAAGUCAAAGCCGUCACUUCCACCGCUUAAGAGCCCUAUGUCAGGCACAUUCUACCGUAGUCCAGCUCCCGGCGAGCCAGCAUUUGUGAAGGUUGGAGAUAAAGUUCAGAAAGGACAAGUCAUUUGCAUUAUUGAAGCCAUGAAGUUGAUGAAUGAAAUUGAGGCUGAUCAAUCUGGAACUGUGGUUGAAAUACUCGCUGAAGACGGGAAACCCGUCAGCCUUGAUUUGCCGUUACUUGUAAUCCAGCCGUAAAGGGACAACAUUGGUUGCACGAGCUCCAUCGUUAGCAUUACAACGACUUCCGUUGUUAGAAAUCGACCUCGUUAAGAAUUAAGAUGUACUACUAUUUUGUGUUGCAGAUGGUUUAUUGCAUUUGGAAUGAAUGAGUAAUAGGUGGAUAGAAACUAGAAAGAUAGAUAAAUUUUUAUUUUGUAAUUUAUCUUUUUUUUUCUCCGUUUGGGUUGGAAAUUUGGGAAGUCUUGCCACUCUUUGCAAGUAAUUCUUCCAUACAUGUGGAUCAUGUUAUCUUUUGUGAAAAUAAAACUUGAUUUUUUAUUUUUAUAAAUUGAUGUUUUUAUA